GACAGUCAUUAACUUGACUCAAACUAAUUUGUACCUAAUUUUAGAUAAUUACAACAGUAGUUUGAAAAUCGAAAAGACGGUGCUGGAUAUGGACGAUUUGAGGGCUAUAAAAUAUAAUGUGCGUAUCAGGAAUGAGAAAGACGAUGAACUCAAUCGAAUUAACCUUCAAAAUCUGAACAAUAUGAUUUAUAAGAUUAAAAAGCUUGAUAAGGACAGUCUUCGAAAGGAAUUGAUCAAACAAGUGAGACAGCAACGUAAUCAUAUAAAAACGGUUUUGUAUGAUACCGACGCUUCUAUUGAUAAAUUGAGAACCCAAGUAGAAGAAAUAUUACAACGCAUCGAGUCGUGGAUGGAAAAAUAUGAUAAAGAUAUGGAAGCAAUUGAUCUUAAUAUUCAAAUAAAGAAAAAUGAAUACCAGAACAUGCGUGACAAAAGAGUACAUCUAGAAGAAACGGUUACUAUGAUUGUAUUUUGGUGGUGGUUACUGUGCAACAUUACCUACACCCUUCAAUUAUCAUCAUCAGUACACAGAGAAGGCAUGAACAUUAAUCGCCUCCAAUCUGGCUUAAGGCAGAUUGGCUAUUCCCCACUCAUAAUUGAGAUUAUAUGUAUCUAUACCACAUCACAAUCAAUAAACCAUGUAGUUGAGUAG